AUGCUCACUCUGACAUCUAGAUUCGGAGCUGGAUUUUCCGCUACUGGCACAUCUGCUUGUACCACCCACAUUGGUUUUGACUUGGGAACUUCUGGCUGUCGAAUAUCUGUGGUGGAAAAGCACAAAGAUCCAUCAUCCGACCAACUGCCGCUCCUGAAAGAGAUCUACACAGAGGCUGUUUCUUGGAGCGAUCCUUCCCAAAAAGAUACUGAAAAUGCCGCCUCGUAUGACGAUCCAGAGGCGUGGAUGAAUGCCAUUGAAACCCUCCUGGCGGGAGCCUCGAAAGCUCUCCAAAAAGGAACAUCCGAUCAGCCUCUCUCCGCUGUGGCGUCUAUUUGUGUGUCGGGCACUUCGGCCAGCUGUCUUGUAGUGGAUGUGAAAGCCAACAAAGUCACAAGGAAGGCUCGCAUGUACAACUAUGACGUCGUUGCCAGCCGCGGCGACAAGGAAGAUCCCAUUUACUCCUUGAAAGCCACGGAACUACUCGACACGUAUGCACCUCCACGGCACACGGCACGGGCACGGUCGGGAUCUUUGGCCAAGCUACUGACAUGGAAUGAAGAGCGAAAACUGGGAGAGUCAGAAGUACUCUGCCACCAAGCGGAUUAUGUCGCCAUGAGAUUGCGAGCCAAUGACAGGGCAUGCGGUGCCGGACCAGGCAACACGUGGACUGUUUCGAGUGAUUGGCACAAUUGUCUCAAGCUGGGAUACGAUGUACAAAAAUUGGAAUGGCCCAGUUGGAUGAAGGAAUGUCUGUCAGAUGCACUGGCGGACAGCAACAAUCCACUUCGGGUGCUCCCACAAAAGGUUAUCUCUCCUGGAGAGCCAAUGGGUACCGUUAGCUCGGAUGUUGCCGAGCGAUUUGGCUUGUCCGCAGACACUGUCAUUGUUGGUGGAACAACCGACUCCAAUGCAGCAUUUUUUGCUGCUGCGGGUGCAGAACCCGUGGUCGGAACAGCCGUGACAUCACUGGGGAGUACGCUUGCCAUCAAGUAUCUGAGUCAAUCCUACGUGGAAGAUGCCGAUCGAGGAGUGUACAGCCACCGAGUCCCUUCCAUCUUUUCUGCCAACGACACCGACGACAGUGGCAGUGCUUGCUGGCUAGCUGGUGGAGCCAGCAAUGUGGGAUGUGCAGUACUUCGGCAAGAAGAGUUCAGCAAUGAAGAACUCGUCGAACUGAGUGCUGAAAUCGACCCAAACACAGACAGCUCAUUGGAAUACUAUCCUCUUGUCAACACUGGAGAACGGUUCCCGGUUGCGGAUAGCAACAAAGAACCUUUGUUGACGCCAGUGCCGGAAAGUAGGCGAGACUACUUGCAUGGAAUCCUUCAGGGCAUCAGCAACGUAGAGCGGGAUGGCUUUCAGAUAUUGGGAGAAUUGGGGGCAACUCCAGCUCAACCAAGUGUUGUGUUGACUUGUGGUGGUGGCUCCCGCAAUGACAUGUGGAGCAGCCUUCGCGAGAGGAGACUAAAUGAAGCUUUCGACAAUGAAGGAGAGGCAUCUGUCAAAGUCUCCAGGGCAAGCAACACGGAAGCCAGCUUUGGUGCUGCAAUCUUGGCAUCGGCUACGUUCUAG